AUGCACAUGUUCGCAUUGAUUUUAAAUUGCAAUACGUUCUUAACAGCCCUAGAAGCUUUCAAAUCAAUUGUGAAUAUAUUUGGUGACCCCUUAAAUAAUAACGCUGAAACCGUUUUAGACAAGUUUCUCGUUGUCGAUGCCCCUAUUGAUAAUUACGAUGAAAGUAUCGAAGAAAGUGGUGAGAAUAAUGCUGUAGAUGAAGUAAAUGAUCCACCAGGUGAGGUUGAUGAUCUCGAACAACCAGAAGUUCCUAUAGUGCAGCAGUCGUCAUUUACCUGUGAGGCCAACAAUCAAAUUCCGCUCUUGAACACCCUUUCAAUCGACCAGAAAAACGGUAAUUAUCCUGACGAACUGGAACAGUUUACGUAUCAGCAAGCGGGUAGAUGUGGAGCAAUUGUUGAUGAGAACUACCUUGAAGAUACGUUUGAGUCAGAUUUGCUGACAGAUGAUAACAUUCGAAAGAACGUCAAUUGUUGUGCUGCAGAACGCAUUUACCUUCCUAAGGAAUUCGUAAAUCAACCGCCGUUCUGUAUUAUUGAUCUUCCACAUGAAGAUCAAACAAGAACAAAUCAAUUACCCAAUAUGUUACGUAUUGGAAAUGAAGAGUAA